AUGGGAAUGUGGAGAGAAAGAGACAAGUUUGCCGUAGUCAAAAGCCCCCCUUUUCACAGCGAUUCGGAUGCGGCUAAUUUUAUUUACAGCCAUUUACUACUUUAUGUCCCUUUCGAACAAGAGAAUUUCAUGGCUGAUGGUGAAUCUGUUGAGGAAUCGUACGAAAGACACAAGGCUAACAUGAGGACAAAUCAGAACUUUCCACUUAUCCGACCUGACAUGGAACAAGCUUUGGAAGCCGCAGCUCUCCGGAUUGCAGAUUCUCGUGAAGCUGAAGAUGAUGCUCCGGUGGACGACGAAGAUGAUUUUGCACAACUGCCCGAUAUCUAUAAUGCCAGCAACGUCCUUCCAGCUCAUGAGGAAUAUAGUAUUCCUCUUUUAGAUGAACAUAAUUUCGCCAUAGAGAGGUCCAAAAUGAAUGGAGACCAAAAAUCAAUCUACGACAUGGUUGACCAACAUAUCUCCAAUCCUAGUCGAGGACAACUCCAGCUCUUCAUUUCUGGUGCGGGUGGAACAGGAAAAUCCUUCCUCAUCUCGCUACUGUCAAACCUUAUUCGUUCAAAGGAAGAAGGUCCAGGAAUUGCCGGUUUGGUUCUAGCAGCGCCAACUGGUGUCGCUGCUCUCAACAUAAAUGGACAAACACUUCAUGGCAGUUUUCAUCUCGCUGUGGAAUCAGGUUCGGUUCCGCGAUAUGCUCCACUUGGUGCUCAAAUGCUUCAAAGAAUGCGGGAUAAGUUUCGGGAAGUGGACUGGAUAAUUAUGGACGAGGUUUCCAUGAUAUCUUAUGAAGUAUUUCGGCAAGUAAGCAGGCGUCUGGGGGAAUGUUUUGACAACGCCGACCCAUUUGGGGGAAGGAACGUGAUAGUGGUAGGGGAUCUCUUUCAACUGGAACCUGUUAACGGACACUGCAUUUACGAUCAGCCUCGUCAAUUAGGAGCAGAGGAACAUCUUUGGCAGCAAUUUGCUUUCCGUGAACUUACGGUGAACAUGAGACAAGGACAGGAUCCCCUUCUUCAUAUCUGCAACAAUCUACGCGAAGGAAAUAUCACUACCGCCGAUCUCCACAAUCUCCGUAUGAGGGAAUUCAAUGAGGAAACUUCUAGUGCAGAUAUGAAACACAAUUUUAAAGAUGCUCUUAGAAUUUUCCCAACAAGAAAUCAAGCAGCGGCCUAUAAUCGACUUAAGACCAGGUUUCUAAGAAAUGAUCCCAAUACCCGGGUCUACAAGAUAAAAGCUAGAGACACAUUUUUCUCUGGAACAAAAGCUGGAUCGCGAGCUCCGUUAGCUUACAGUCAUCGUGAUACCAACAAGUGUGGUGGUUUCCAACCGUCCAUUGAGCUGGCAGUUGGGUCUAGAAUUAUGGUUAUCAGAAACUCACAGACGAACCGAUAUCUGGUAAAUGGCUCAAUGGGCACUGUUGUCGAUUUCAAAUGGGACGAACUGGCUAGGGACCAACAUCACCAAGGAGAUCUACCAUCAAGCAUCGUAGUGAAGUUUGAUGAUUGGCACAUCGCAGGAACCCCGGAUGGCAUCUUCGACCUGAAACCAUCAAAUGUUGUCUACACCGGGAAGGGAAAGGAGGAAAUUCAGCGAUGUAUGUUACCGAUUGUCCUGUGCUGGGCGGUAACGGUACAUAAGGUACAAGGAAUCACCAUCGAUAAAGCUGUCAUCUACUUGGGGGCAGAGAUCUUCGCGCAUGGGCAGGCCUAUGUUGCUCUUAGUCGUGUUCGAAUGCUUGAGGGAGUUGCUAUUAUGGAUAUGGACGACAACAAAUUGAAGGUCAAGCCACCGGACAAGCUAAUUGCAGAGAUGACCCGGCUCCGCGGUUUGUAG